UAGAUUCCUCAUCCAUCCUUCCUACCCAACCACUCAUUUUCUCUCUCCUCAUUUUCGACGCAAAUCGACAUCUCCCAUGGCCGGUGCUCUCGAGACCUUCGCCAUCCCUCGCGCCUCCUCUAUACCAACCGCUACGUUGACUCCAAUCGGAACUUCAUCUCCUUCCGGCGUUCGUAGAUCGGUCAAGUUACCUAACUUCAAAGGAUUGAAGAUCCAGUUCGAUUCUAUUUCUCGUAAUCCACGAUGCUUGGCUAGAACAACCGUUACACGAACACCUGGAACAAUCGUCUGCGAAACUCCUCAAGAGACAGCUGUCAUAGUGCCUGGUGUGACAGAUGGAGAUUGGGAAUCACUCGUUCUUGGAUCUGAUACGGCUGUUCUAGUUGAGUUUUGGGCACCAUGGUGUGGACCAUGCAAGUUGAUCCACCCUGUGAUUGAUGAAUUAGCUGGGCAGUAUGCAGGCAAACUCAAGUGUUUCAAGGUGAACACAGACGAGAGCCCUUUGAUUGCAACUCGAUAUGGAAUCAGGAGCAUUCCAACGGUUAUAAUAUUUAAGAAUGGGGAGAAGAAAGAUGCCAUCAUUGGUGCUGUUCCGAAAUCGACUUUGACAUCUAGCAUAGAUAAGUUAGUGUGAAGUGGGAGAUAUGAAGCAAAAUAAAUAAGGUAAAAGGCAGUCUCUUCUGUUUGGUUCUUCUUACCCAGUUUUAGUGUUUUUAUUUUUAUAUAUAUGAUGCUUCAUGCUGCAGUCUUAUUAGACAUAAUAAUAAUACAUUGUGGUGUUAUUAUUCUGUAUA